AUGCCGAGCUCAUCGCCUGCAGUUCACAAUCCAGCCCUUCAAUUCCUGGAAAGAAAGGCUCAACAACACAAUGGCAUAUUCAAAAAGUAUGGAACAAGCCAUGACAUCCAGCGAGAAGUGAGCGCUAUCCUCUUCAUGCGGCACAACACGUCGAUCCCGGUGCCUCGGGUCAUAGAUUCAUGCAUUCAAGAACGCGACAGCUGCGAAGCAGCACAAGAGACGACGCGACGCCAACUUUCCGACUAUCUUUGUGAGUUACGGGCUCUACGUCCUCCUCAUCCCCCUUAUUUUGGGUCUUGUACAGGUGGACCCGCAUAUGACCAUCGUCUCAACAGUGGCUUUUCCUGCGGUCCUUUUGCCUCGGUAGCUGAAUUUCAUGAUGUGCUUGUCGCCCCCGUCACGCGGUGCCCCCGUCCAGAACUUGCAGCGCAUUAUCGAAAGCAGCUUUCAGACGAGCACAAAAUAGUAUUCACGCAUGCAGAUUUGUGUGGGGAUCACGUCUUUGUUGACCCUGGUACUGGCAAGGUUACGGGAAUUGUCGAUUGGGAGAUGGCUGGUUGGUGGCCCGCAUAUUGGGAAUACACCAAAUCCCUGUUUGGGGGCAGAUGCAUGCCAUGGUGGAAGGAAAUUGUGAACACAGCCAUGGAUCCCUAUCCGUCCGAACGCGAGGUUGACCGUAUUCUGCAGCAAUUCUGA